UGUCAUCUUCCUCAUUCUCUGUUUUGACGCCACCAUGUCAACAUCUUCUCGACAUUACAGUUUUCUAUUUAUAAACAUAAACUUUUCAUAUAUGCUCGUAAACUGAGAUCCCGCACUCCUUUUAUUUUCACUUGAUCCUUUCUCUUUCAAAGACAAAACAAGAGAUUAAUCAGUGAAAGAAGAAACGGGCAAAACAAAGAUCUGGUUAAGGAUGGCAAAGGUCCCUGUGAAGUUCAAGAAAAUGUCAGCUAUGCUCAACGAGGCUGCCCGUAUGAGGUUCUGCGAGAGCAGCGGCAGCGAACACUACUCUCCGGAGAAUUCUGCCGACGAUCUCUCUGACUUGGUGAAUUCUUUUAUUGAGAGUACUAACACAGACGUCGACACAGCUCAGUCAAACAAUACAAACAGUCGUGAUGAUGAAGAUGAUGAUUCAACGCGCGAGUCCCAAGUUUGUUUGGCAGAGACCAACAGGAAGCUAGUAAAGUUGCUUAACAAGCAUGAAGAUGAAAAUGAUAUGAGAAACAAGAUUCGAGCUCAAACAGAAAUUGCAUGCGGGAUCAUAGGGGAAACGUCACCGCGGUCGCAUGGCUUUAAGCGGAAGCUAAUGUCUCAUCUACGUGAGCUGGGCAUUGAUGCUGGUAUUUGCAAAACGCGGUGGGAGAGAUUCGAAAGGCAUCCGAGUGGAGAAUACGAGUUUGUGGAGGUGAAUGCAGGAGGGCAACGGCUGAUUGUUGAAGUGUGCAUAGCAGCGGAAUUCGAAAUUGCUCGCCCCUCCUCCAACUACACUGCAUUGCUUGAUGUGCUUCCCAGAGUGUUCAUCGGGAGGCCAAAGGAGAUGAAAGAGGUUGUGAGCUUAAUGUGCAGCGCCAUACGAAAGUCGAUGAAAGAGAUGAGGUUGCAUGUCCCACCAUGGCGAAAAAAUGCGUACAUGCAGAAUAAAUGGGGCUGUGCCUUCUACAAGCGCACUGUCUCUGAAGCUGCUGCUUCCAAGAGACCGGAUGAGGCAUUUCCUACAAAACGUUCUCUUGGGUUUGAAGUUUUCCCUGUCAAGACUUAUCGAUGCGGCGGAGCUGUUGGUAAGUUUGGGUUGAAACUUGGCCAUUUGGCUGCUGCAUUCCACGAGUGAUCAGUAAUGUUUGUACAGGAUCAAACUUAGUUGUUAAUUUUAGCUAAUGAUUAGUAUGAUUUAUUUGGAACGGCAUUGGCUACUUCCAGCUCCAUAUAAAUGAUUGUGCUGUAAAUAUUUUUGUUUCUUCCUAGUAUUGAAGUAAAUGCAUUUUUUUUAACA